AUGGUCAGUCCGGCGAUAAUCUAUGUUGUACAAAAUAAUCUCAAUCUUAAGGCCAUUUCCACCUUGGACGCGCCUACUUUCACGGUUGUCAAUCAACUGAAAAUUUUCACCACGGCAGCUUUUACAGUCAUUAUGCUUCGUCGCCGUUUGGGUCUUAUUCAAUGGUUUGCAUUGAUUCUUCUGUUUCUCGGGAUUUGUCUUGUGGUAUAUAAACCUCUAACAACUGAAAUACCUAAAAAAGAUGUUAAUGCGGCUUUUGGUUUGCUAAUAGUCAUUGGUGCUUGACGUCCAAAAAAUACCAAAGUGAAUAUACCGAGUUUUUAUUUAUGCUAA